UUCCUCACCACUGCUCAGCUCUUCUCAGCAUUCAGUUUUGAAAUUCUUGUAGCUUUUUGAGCUGCCAAGUCAUUACAACAUGAGUGGAAAGUGGUGAUGGAGGAUAGAAGAAAUAAAAUUAGUAUGGGCAAGCUGAAUCCUUAGCAGGGACCUGGUCUUGGCACAGUGAAGAGCACCAGGAUAAAGGAAAAGCCUAUAGCACUUUUUUUUUUUUUGUAUUUUACUAUAUUCACUUACUGUUCCAAAAUAUUUUCUAGGUAAAUUAUCACAAUGAAGGUGGCAGUUCUGUGUUUAUGCCUUAUCAGCAUCACCGCUGCAUGGCCAGUGAUUCAAUCCAAGCAGCAUGCCAUUUCUGCCAGCUCCGAAGAAAAAUAUGACUCCAGGAGCCAUCACUUGAGCAGAUAUUACGAUGACCGUGUGAAUUCUCAGUCCCAGGAGAGUCAGCAGCACCUACAGAGUGACCCGGCAUCAUCUCAGCAGACCCUUUACUCUUCAGAAGAAAGUGUGGAUGUCCCAGAACAACUGCACUUUCCUGAUGCGUCAAGCAAGAGCCAUGAAGAUGUGGAUGUUGAUGAUGAUGACGAUGACAAUGAUUCCAACGACACAGAUGAAUCCGAAGAGGUUGUCACAAGUUUCCCCACAGAAGUUCCAGUAACUGUUGAACCAUUCCCCACUUUCCCUUUCACCCGGGGAGACAAUUCUGGCAGAGGUGACAGUGUAGCCUACAGGAUGAGGGCAAAAGCUGAACUGCUGAGAGCAAAAGCCACGCUGUUGAAGUCUGUCAAACUCCACAAAGCUGCCAAAAAGCUCAUCUAUGAUGCCACUGAGGAAGAUGAGAGCGACAUGGAUGCAGACAGCCAGCGCUUUGUCUCCCGGGAGGAUUCUGCUCCACGCAGCUCUCUGAGGAAGCACGCCAGCAGCGUGGCGUGGUCUGAGCAGAGCCACGGGCGGGACAGAGGCGAGCAGGACAGAGAUCCGUGGGAUCGGAGCCUGGAAAACGACAGCCGGCACAAAUCCGACAGCCUCGAGGCAGAAGGCGACGGGAGCAAGUCUGGUGGCAGAGGGGACAGCCUCUCGAGCGUGGAAAGCAGGGAGAGAGGGGACAGCCACCCGAGCGUGGAAAGCAGGGAGAGAGCAGACAGCCACCCGAGCGUGGAAAGCAGGGAGAGAGGGGACAGCCACCCGAGCGUGGAAAGCAGGGAGAGAGCAGACAGCCACCCGAGCGUGGAAAGCAGGGAGAGCCGGGACCGCGUGUCAGCGGAGCUCUCUGACGAUAUCAGCAACCAAACCCUGGAAAGUGCCGAGGACUCUCAAGAUCGCCACAGCAUCGAAAGUAACGAAGUCACCCUUUAA